ACACCAUCCUCCAAGAGGGAGGAGGCUCAAGUGAUGCUGCUGCUGUUGCCGCCUCUACUGCUGGUACUCUAGUGGAGCUGGAAAGGGUGGUUCCUAUCGCACCAUCGCCAACCAGAGAGGGAGGGGAAAAAAUCCCGGCAGCCGCAGCUGAUGUUGGGUUCAGAGGCUGCAUCCGACCCGGUCGCAAGAAAAAUGGAUUCAGUGUGCGACGCUCCCUCAUUUCAGCAUCUUCUCCUGGUCUCAGCAUGGGCUUCCGAGGAAACGUUUGAGAAGACCUUAGCAAGGAACACCACCACGCAGUAGUGGCUGAAGCAUCUCACUCCAGGAAAUGAAACAGUAACAUGGCAGUACCUGUUUGAGAAGAUUAAAACCCAAAAGACUCCAAUUAGAAAGGGACAAUGUCCAAGAAAGGGCGGAAUAAGGGCGAGAAGCCCGAGGCACUCAUUGUUGCCCUUCAAGCUGCCAACGAAGACCUCAGGACCAAACUCACAGACAUUCAGAUAGAACUGCAUCAAGAGAAAUCCAAGGUAUCAAAGCUUGAAAGAGAGAAGACUCAAGAAGCAAAGAGGAUUCGUGAGUUGGAGCAGCGCAAACACACGGUCCUGGUGACAGAGCUUAAAGCCAAGCUCCAUGAGGAGAAGAUGAAGGAGCUGCAGGCCGUGAGGGAGAAUCUCAUCAAGCAGCAUGAGCAGGAAAUGUCAAGGACAGUGAAGGUGCGGGAUGGGGAGAUCCAGAGACUCAAGUCCGCGCUGUGUGCUCUCCGGGAUGGCAGCAGUGACAAAGUAAGGACAGCACUCACCAUUGAGGCCCGGGAGGAGGCCCGGAAACAGUUCGAUGCAGAGCGCCUGAAGCUCCUGCAGGAAAUUACAGACUUGAAAACUGCCAAGAAGCAGGUGGAUGAGGCUCUAAGCAAUAUGAUCCAAGCGGAUAAAAUCAAGGCUGGGGACCUUAGGAGUGAGCAUCAGUCCCACCAGGAAGCCAUCUCGAAGAUCAAGUGGGAAUCCGAACGGGAUAUACGGAGGCUGAUGGAUGAAAUCAAAGCCAAGGACAGGAUCAUCUUUUCCCUGGAAAAAGAACUGGAGACUCAGACGGGCUAUGUGCAGAAACUUCAGCUUCAGAAGGAGGCUCUGGAUGAGCAGCUCUUCCUUGUCAAAGAGGCAGAGUGUAACAUGAGCAGUCCGAAGAGAGAGAUUCCAGGAAGGGCAGGAGAUGGCUCUGAGCACUGCAGUAGCCCGGACCUGCGAAGAAAUCAAAAGAGAAUAGCCGAAUUGAACGCCACUAUACGAAAGUUAGAAGACAGGAACACCUUGCUUGGAGAUGAGCGGAAUGAGUUGUUAAAACGCGUGCGGGAAACCGAAAAACAAUGCAAACCUCUCCUGGAAAGGAACAAGUGCCUAGCCAAGAGAAACGAUGAACUGAUGGUGUCUUUGCAGCGCAUGGAAGAGAAACUAAAAGCCGUAACCAAGGAAAAUUCAGAGAUGAGAGAAAAAAUAACAUCUCACCCACCGUUGAAGAAACUGAAGUCUCUGAAUGACCUUGACCAAGCUAAUGAAGAACAAGAGACAGAGUUUCUAAAACUGCAGGUCAUUGAGCAGCAAAACAUCAUUGAUGAGCUCACAAGGGAUCGAGAAAAACUCAUCCGUAGGAGAAAGCACAGGAGAAGCUCGAAACCAAUCAAGAGGCCUGUUUUAGAUCCAUUCAUUGGCUAUGACGAGGACUCCAUGGAUUCAGAAACAUCAUCCAUGACCUCCUUUAGAACAGACCGGACACCUGCUACCCCUGAUGAUGACUUGGAUGAAAGUCUAGCUGCUGAAGAAUCUGAGCUACGAUUUAGACAACUAACAAAAGAAUACCAAGCCCUCCAAAGAGCAUAUGCCCUCUUGCAGGAACAGACUGGCGGCAUCAUCGAUGCUGAAAGAGAAGCCAAGGCACAAGAGCAGCUCCAGGCAGAGGUGCUGAGGUACAGGGCCAAAAUCGAAGAUCUAGAGGCAACGCUGGCUCAGAAAGGGCAGGAUUCACACUGGGUAGAAGAUAAACAACUUUUCAUUAAGAGAAACCAGGAGCUUUUAGAAAAGAUAGAGAAGCAGGAAGCAGAGAAUCACCGGCUACAGCAGGAACUUCAGGAUGCCAGGGACCAGAAUGAGCUGCUGGAGUUUCGCAACCUAGAACUGGAAGAGAGAGAGAGGAGAUCCCCUCCAUUUAAUCUACAAAUUCACCCCUUCUCAGAUGGUGUGAGUGCGCUGCAGAUCUACUGCAUGAAAGAAGGUGUCAAGGAUGUCAACAUCCCUGACCUCAUAAAGCAGCUUGAUAUCCUAGGUGACAACGGGAACCUAAGGAAUGAAGAACAGGUGGCCAUUAUUCAGGCCAGCACUGUGCUGUCCCUGGCAGAGAAGUGGAUCCAACAAAUUGAAGGAGCAGAGGCUGCCCUGCAUCAGAAAAUGAUGGAACUGGAAAGUGAUAUGGAACAGUUCUGCAAAAUCAAAGGCUACCUGGAGGAAGAACUAGACUACAGAAAACAGGCUCUUGACCAGGCAUAUAUGAGAAUCCAGGAACUAGAAGCUACUUUGUACAAUGCUCUGCAGCAAGAAACUGUGAUCAAAUUCGGCGAACUGUUAAGUGAUAAGCAGCAGGAGGAGCUGAGGACGGCUGUGGAAAAGUUACGGCGGCAAAUGCUGAGGAAGAGCCGGGAGUAUGACUGUCAGAUCCUCCAGGAGAGGAUGGAGCUCCUACAGCAAGCGCACCAGAGAAUCCGUGACCUAGAAGAUAAAACAGACAUCCAAAAGCGACAGAUAAAGGACCUAGAAGAAAAGUUUCUGUUUCUAUUCUUGUUCUUCUCUCUUGCCUUCAUUCUAUGGCCUUGAUGUCAAGGUGCCUCUUAAAGGUGGAGUUGGGGAUGAGAAGUGGAACCCCGUUACGCUACAAGCAACCGAGCCAAGGUACUCUGGGGAGUGUAACAUGGAAUGGAAUUGGAAAUCUCUGCUUCCUCGCUUCGUAUCACACACCUGCAUUUCUCUACCAUGGAUGGACUGGUCUCAUCCGUAUUGAAAGUGGUGAUUACACUUUCAACUUCUGAUUACACUCAGAAGUCACAAACUCCCCGACUUAGCUCUGUCAAGAUCUAUAGGGAACUAGGCCCAGAGAGCAAUUCUGCAUCCUCCAGUUUCAAGUUGAAAUUGCCUGCCGACGUAUAUGCUAUCUAUCCAACUUGUGUGAAAACCUCACAGAAGUGAUGAUGACCCGACGACAGACUGUGGGGUUUGCCAGAGAGCUGUGGAUAUUGAGUAUCCCGUUAUACCCAGAGCAACCUGAACUCUUGUCACUUAGAACAAUAGCGUUAUUUUCUGAGUUAGCUGUCUCCAAUAAGAUGGCUCUACUUUUUAUAGACAAUACUGACAAGGUGGUUAUCUACCACAGGCAGAUAGACAACUGAUCCUUUUCCUAAGUCACAUAUUACUGAGUCUUGGAUUCAACAAUGACAGUAAAUAUAUCCUCCUGGAAAGCUGAUUUUACACCUCCUUAACUGUAGAGAUAACAAGGCAACCUCAAUUUUUUCAAAUAUUCAAUGUUUUCUUUCCGGGGUUAGAAUUCCCAUGCAUAGAGAACAUGUGUAGGGAGCCAGAAACCCUUUCUAUGAAAUGCUACACAAAUAAUUCCAUAUGUGAAUUGAAUAUAUUCUUCUUCAGUUUUAACACUGGCACGUUCAAAGCCAGAGCAACUGAAGAGUCUUCAAGACAAAACAGAAUCCUGGGGUCCCACAUUUUUGUCCUUGUAUUUAAUGCUGACCCAACUGUUUGGCCCCGUCACUGAACCUCUCUGUGCCUCAGUUUCCUCAUCUGCAAAAUGGGGGUUAAAUGUUUUGAUUUUUUUUUCAUAAGAUUUGUUUGCAAUUCUGGAACAAGAGGUGCUUAAGGUAGCACAAAGUGCUUUGUAACUGUUAUAAAUGCUGUAUUAUUUGACUUCUCUGUAUAACGAAACAGUUCCUGAGUUUGAUUCCAACAACAUAGCAACACUGAAGCUUCCCCAUCAAGCUACCUAGGAUGUUAUUAGCAAUAAAUUAUGAGAUUCAAAAACCACAAUGUUAAAUCAUCUAUAGUAAAUAGAUUGACUCGUACUAUUGAGAAAGAUGGAGAAUAUGCUCAAUGCUAAGCACCUCCUUUGCUCUCUUGAUUGCAUAACAUGCCACUAAUCAAAAUCCUGCCAUCAUCACAGGAGAGUCAACCAUGCAACCAUGGAUUGGCAAGAACAGAAAGCCACUUAUUUUUUUUCAAGGAAUGUCAGAUGAUGUGUCCUAAUGCAAACACUUAAAAAGUCAGAACUAUCCUAAUGGAGACUAUGUACAACGAAGGUAAGUCCCAUAUCCCAGUGAUUAGCAGGUUCAUUGUGCAGUUGAUGUGAAACAGGGUAAUUCUACUAUGCUGGCCACCCAGCUAACUCAGUCCUGGAUGAAAAUACACAAAUGGCUUGUUAACCUCUUUAAUUAUACUUCAUCUACUAUUAUGGGGCCCACUUGAGAAAAUGCAUACUUCAUCUGCUCCACACACCCCUUCCUUCUCUCCUUUUGCUUUCCCUAUCAAAAACAUGGUGGGUAAAUUUUCAUAUCAGAGAAAUACGUCUAAAUUAUUAUGAAUGCUAGUAAUAUACCAUGUGUUUCCCUGGCUGUUAGUCGAAUGGCAUAAAACCCAUACCAAACUUUCUAAGAGCUGCAACUGCCUGAAUGAUCAUCUCUGAAACUUUGAUUGGGGGAGGGGGAGGCUUUCUUUCUGUUUAAUAUCCAGAAUAUCAAGGAAAUUGCUCUAGAUCAUAAACUCAAUGAUGACAUCUUUAUCUGGUUUUUGCCAUAGUCCUCAGAAUGAAUGCUCUAAUAUUUAGACUAUGGAAGUUUAAAUAUUACUGAUAGAUUACAUAGCUACAAACGACAGCAGUGUUGGGAAAAUUUGGAGGGGUAUGUUUUCUUUAUCCAUGGAUCCAUGAGAAUGGAUUCUAUCUAAAUGAAUGCUUCCUUGGAUAUGAUGUUCAGAAUAGCCAAAAGAAUGUACCAUUAGUAAUGGAGAGUCCUACUGUGUCACUUUUUCUCAUUUUCAAAAAUAUGGUAAUAACGACUCUGUUCUUUUAAUUUCCAUAUCUGUACUUUCCAGACACACCUAGGGGGAGAAUUGGGAGGGAAUUAUCACAAUAACAGUACAUUUAAAUACUUUUCCUUAGCCAAGUAGUCACCUCUUUGAAUCUGACUGAAGUAAUUUGACAGAAGUGAAAGCUCCUAUUUAGUCCUGUCAGGACAGUGAGGUUUCCACUAAAGAAAUGCACAGACUCUGUAUGAUAACCAUUCAACAGAACGAGGUUAGUAAUGCCACCGUCUUGUUCUCAAUGCCAUCUAACUUUUAUUUCAGUUGAAGAAUUACACUAGCAUUGUCACAUCCUGCUUGACUUAGGUCAUGUCAGCUAAAUUCUUGCGAAAAGUAAGGUUUUCGCAAUAAAAGGAUACACUUUGUUUUGCUUUUUGUCUUCAAUUCAGCAGUAAGUUCUUACAAAGGUAUAUCAUUCCUCCCAACUUGUAAGGUAUGGGUCAUCGCUGGGGUCAGAAAGGGUCUUUACUUGCCAUAGGAGAAACAAAAUUUGCCAAAUCAUUUGUGCUUUGGUAUUUUACUUCAAACUGUUUUGUUUUCUUUUGUUUUUUGUUUUCUACUUGAAAUAAAUCUUGCCCAUUUUUUCUCCUGCCUAUUUAUUGAUAACUUUUUUUCUAGAAACACACUAUAAAAUCUGUAUGUUCAAAAUGUAAAUGGAGUUGAUUAGCACCUUCUUUUAUAAUGAUGCUUAUCAUUUUUAACUUGCCUGGAUUUUCAUGGAAACUGUAAAAAGAGCAUCUGUUGGUUAUGUAUUGAUAUUUAAAAAUAACUGGACCAUCUCUAUGAUGUUACAUCAAAAUAGAUGACCAGUGUACUCAAUACUAAAACCUAUAGUUGUGUCCUUUUUAUUUGUCAGAGUGGAAUGAAAUACACAAACAUAUAUACUGCUCUCUCUCUCUCUCACUCUCUGUAUCACA